AAAAGGCCCCAAAGUUAUGCUAGAGUUGUUAUUAUUUAUUCAAUCAUGCUUUAUGUUUCAUGUUUUCUGCCGUUUAUUCAGUGCUUGUAACAGAGUAGGAAAGUGCGCACUGGUUUGUGUAUUUUAUCUGAUGUCACGCAGUUAGUAUGCAGUACGGUAGAGAUAGACGUUCGUUGUCACGCACUUAGUAUGCAGUAUGAUAGAGAUGGGCGUUCGUCAUUACAGUUAAUAUUCAGUACUACAGAGAUUGUCUGUCGGUUCGGACAUAAUGGCGGGUGUCAUUUUUCCUCAGAGUGUGCGUGAAUGUGAAAAAAACCACACCCAUAUUCAAAAUUGCAUUUAAACUCGCUCAAAGGAGAAUAAAUAGAACAUUAAGAAUAUAUCUCGGCUCUUUAUUGCAUACUCUGGAAUAUUUGGCCUUAAGGAGUGUUCUGGCCGACACACCUGUGUGAACCUGGUGAUAAACCCAGAAUUAGCACCUAUACUGAGUGUUUACCCAUUAUCUCCACUACAUUGAUGGUCCUUCGAGCCGGAUCACUGGGUUUACGUCAGAGAUGGAAUUACAUCCAGAGUAUGAUGUUUGCGGUGCACGUCCCAAACGGCACAUUCGCCCACCUGUCCGCUAUGCAGACUAUGAGGUCGAUUAUAGAGGCUACAGCGGUGAGAGGUACAGACACCAAUUAGAGAGUACUCACCAGGAGGGAAAUGCCAGGAUGACAACCCUCACCUCCCCUUAUGACUCUCCCCUUCGCCCGCAGAGGCGGCAUGCUAUUCUUCAGGAGAUGGACCUGAGCUAUAGGGCAGAGAGCCAACAGCACAGCCAGGAGAAUCAGCUAGCCCCCCAGCGGUUGCCAGAUAGAGAGUUUAGGGAACAGCCACGAGAUUACUCUACUCCUCUACCGUCAUCGCUGCACCCCAUACAUACACAGGAGAAGAACCGAGUAGAUUUAGAUGACAUUCGUCAUGAAAGACACCUUCUGCAGCAGACACAGCGGCACAUGGCAUCAGAUUUAGUAGAGCUAAGAGAAUUGCGAUCAGACAUGAAACAGUUAAUAGAUGCUGUUCGCAACCUGCAGAGUCCAACCUCUAUUCAUACCAGAAAGCCAGAGUUAACGGUGAUGUCGCCACUGACACAUGUUGAAAAGGAACCUAAAGCUGAGGAAGAGGAUGAUUGGCCUGCACCACCACCAUGGCCAGACCCAGAAAUGGACAAGCUUAUCCCUCGUGAUCCGCCUAUGGCACAUUCGCUUAUCAGUAGAAUAGAUGAGGUUCCAAAGAUUAAGAAAGAAGCACUGUCAGCCCCAGCUCAUGAUCUGUCUGUGGGUCAGCCACAAGUUAAUCACUCAGGACGUGGGGCCCUUCCUCCUGCCAGGCCAUGGGAAGACACUGCAUGUCAUCCAUCGCCCUGGUUCAAGCCCGUUCAGUUGCCGCAGCAGUCACAUGGAUUACCUCCAGCUGAGCCUAAGUAUACUACGGCUUAUGGUGGUCAAAGAAAUGAGCUUGGCUACAACCUAACGCCCCAACAGCGACCUCCAGGCAUGGCAUGGACACAGGCCCCGCCCUUUAGCUCACCUCAAGGUCAUAACUACAGCGUCCCAGAGCCAAGUUACCGUGGGCCACGCCCAACAAUCCGCAGCUUCUCAAGUCGGGACCCAAGUGAGUUCGCGCGGCUCAAGAUCUCAUUGGAGAACCUCUUACCACAUGAUGCAUCUGAGCUGUUCAAAUACCAAGUGUUGGUUGAUCACCUGCAACUAGAAGAAGCCAGGUUAAUAGCAGAUGCUUACCUUAACUCCCCAACACCCUUCUCAGACACAAUGGUUGCCCUAAAUGACAAGUUCGGCCAGCCACAUCAGAUAGCGCUGAGGCGUAUUGCUGCUGUGAUGGACUCACCUGACAUAAGGCGGGGAGACUUUGCUGCAUUUGAGAAGUUUGCACUCCAGAUACAGUCAUUGGUUGGGAUGCUGAAGACAAUAGGCCACGAGGGUGAAGUGGAACUACAGUGUGGCUCACAUGUUGCUCGUCUGCUGAGCAAGCUGCCGCCUGAGCAGAGAGCAGAGUUUCGCCGCUGCAUGUACCAUCAGGGCACGCAAACCCACACAUUAACUAAUCUUUCCGAUUGGUUGAAAUACGAGUCUUGGUGCCAGGACUCUGAAGGACAGUUAGCUGUGAGAGGAGCUUGAGAGAA